CUUCAUGUCUCCCCGUUGCAUAGAGAGAGAGGAGAGAAAUCCAAAAUACGAGUGAUGUCAAACCAAACAGAUCUGAAUGGUCUCAAAAGCCAACGACUUCCUCCACGAGAACUUGCUAAUGGAAUACUCUAAUUUGUAAACAUAUUGUACCGUUUUUGCGUUGCACGUUUUUCACCAAAACAGUAAGGAAUGUGGGCUUUUCUGUGUGGAAAAUUAUUUAGUGUUCUUUCAGCACCAGUGAUUGUAGCUGUCGUGUGUUGCGCACAAAGGUGAGUGAUUUCUCUAGUAAAAGUGUGACUGAAAAACGAACGUGCAAUUUUGUAGUAAACAGAAUCGUUUUGUUGUUGUUUCAGCGUGAAUGAACCAGGGAACAUGUCGUUCGUGAAAGAGACGGUGGACAAACUAUUAAAGGGAUAUGAUAUUCGUCUUCGACCAGACUUUGGAGGUACGUUUUCAAAAGUGGGGCAACCAUAUUGCAGCGUGUCCAUGUUUACUAUGCAGAUUCGCUCAUCUUGGGCUCAUAUUGCAGCCAUUUUUCAAAUUCACUGUCAUUGUAAAUGAUACCAUUGUAUUUGUAUUGCAGGGGCCCCUGUUGCAGUUGGCAUGAGUAUAGAUGUGGCGAGCAUAGACAUGGUAUCCGAAGUCAACAUGGUGAGUGAACUCCCCCCCCCCACACACAAAUCAUGAAAUAAUGUCCGAUAAUUAGAGUUAUUGUGAGCCUAACUAUGUUUCACAAUGUUUGUAUUCGGCCAAUAUCACUUCAGAUGCCGGCCGCUGUCCAUCAGACUAGUGCUGAAACAUAUGGUCUACAUUUAGGAUGCCGGAGUGGUACUCCGCUCUCUUUUGUCAGUUGUGUUGUUUUGUUUGUGUUUUUUUACUGUAACUCAAUUAACAUUUCUGGGUCAUUCUCCCCUUGAUCUUGUUCAUCAGUUGUCCUAACUGUAUUGGUUGUGGCAUUGGAAAGUGAAAAGUACAGUAUGUUCAGCAACUCCAGCACUUCAAAGAGGAGCAUUAGAAGCUUAGACAUGGGCAUUCUCUCUCUCUCUCUCUCUCUCUCUCUCUCUCUCUCUCUCUCUCUCUCUCUCUCUCAAUUAAAUUUUCUUUAUUGACAUGAUAUAACAAUGUACAUAUUGCCAAAGCUUACUUUGGAGAUUUACAAUAUGAACAUAAUAAAAAUAAUAAUAAUCAAUAUUGUCAACGGGACAACAGUAACAACUGUAAGUAAAAAUAACAAUGAAAAUAACAUAAAUUGGAACAUAACAAUAGACAAAUGGCGUCCACCAGACAGGUAGCCUUCAUCACAGGAGGGCUAGAUGUAGUGCUCCAGAAGUAGACAGUCAUCUGGCUCUAACCAACUGAGGCUUGCAUCUAUCAGAGAGCUCUUUGUAAUGUCUCUCUCGUCCUCUUGUCUCUCGUCUCUGUCUCUGCUCCUGCUCUCUGUCUGCUCUGCAUCACUCUGCAAUGCUCUGAUCUCUGACGUCUAUGUAGAGCUAGGAGCUCGCAGAUCUCGAGCCUGCUCAUCUGCUCAUCUCUCGAGAAUGGCGAGAGCUAACAUCGAUCCGCGUGACGCUUCUAUCCUCUCUCCUCUCUCUCUCUCUCUCUUCUCUCUCUCUCUCCUCUCUCUCUAUCCACACACACACACACACACACACACGUACCUCUACACCCCUCACCCUGCACACACACACCUUUACCACCCCCUGCAUCUGUGGCUUGUCUGUGAAUACACCUGCCUGGGCACAUCUUCUUACAACUGUGCCUGUGCAGUGUGUAUCCUGGAGAGUGGCGCAGCAUGUGCACAGCAGCUGUUCGCGUCUCUAUCAGAAAUAAUGAUCUCUGGGCUGCUCCCCUAUCUGGGACUGGCACUUCAGGUGAGAAGCCACUUUAGGACAGCGCCAACACAUUUCAAGUUUCAAGUUUCAAAGUUUAUUUGCCAUGUGCACAGGAUACAACAGGUGUGAAAAAUGCAGUGAUAAUAAUAAUAAUAAUAUAGAUAAUAAUAAAUAAAAAUGACAAAAUAAUAAAAUAACUAUGAUGUGAGUUUUUUAAAAACAGGAGAAUGCAAGUAUAAACAGGUCAGUUCCAGUACUUUAUUCAAUGUGCAGAGGUACUGGAGUGGUUGAGGUGGGUUUAUACAUAAAAAGUGACUGGUAGUAGGAUACACAUGUAAACAGGGCUGAAAAGUGACUGGUAGCAGGAAUAUAUAAAUAUUUAUGGUAAUAUACUAAUGGCAAUAUAUAUACAGUGAGGGAAAAAAGUAUUUGAUCCCCUGCUGAUUUUGUACGUUUGCCCACUGACAAAGACAUGAUCAGUCUAUAAUUUUAAUGGUAGGUUUAUUUGAACAGUGAGAGACAGAAUAACAACAAAAAAAUCCAGAAAAAUGCAUGUCAAAAAUGUUCUAAGUUGAUUUGCAUUUUAAUGAGGGAAAUAAGUAUUUGACCCCUCUGCAAAACAUGACUUAGUACUUGGUGGCAAAACCCUUGUUGGCAAACACAGAGGUCAGAUGUUUCUUGUAGUUGGCCACCAGGUUUGAACACAUCUCAGGAGGGAUUUUGUCCCACUCCUCUUUGCAGAUCUUCUCCAAGUCAUUAAGGUUUCGAGGCUGAUGUUUGGCAACUCGAACCUUGAGCUCCCUCCACAGAUUUUCUAUGAGAUUAAGGUCUGGAGACUGGCUAGGCCACUCCAGGACCUUAAUGGGCUUCUUCUUGAGCCACUCCUUUGUUGCCUUGGCCGUGUGUUUUGGGUCAUUGUCAUGCUGGAAUACCCAUCCACGACCCAUUUUCAAUGCCCUGGCUGAGGGAAGGAGGUUCUCACCCAAGAUUUGACGGUACAUGGCCCCGUCCAUCGUCCCUUUGAUGCGGUGAAGUUGUCCUGUCCCCUUAGCAGAAAAACACCCCCAAAGCAUAAUGUUUCCACCUCCAUGUUUGAUGGUGGGGAUGGUGUUCUUGGGGUCAUAGGCAGCAUUCCUCCACGGCGAGUUGAGUUGAUGGCAAAGAGCUCGAUUUUGGUCUCAUCUGACCACAACACUUUCACCCAGUUCUCCUCUGAAUCAUUCAGAUGUUCAUUGGCAAACUUCAGACGGCCCUGUAUAUGUGCUUUCUUGAGCAGGGAGACCUUGCGGGUGCUGCAGGAUUUCAGUCCUUCACGGUGUAGUGUGUUACCAAUUGUUUUCUUGGUGACUAUGGUCCCAGCUGCCUUGAGAUCAUUGACAAGAUCCUCCCGUGUAGUUCUGGGCUGAUUCCUCACUGUUCUCAUGAUCAUUGCAACUCCACAAGGUGAGAUCUUGCAUGGAGUCCCAGGCCGAGGGAGAUUGACAGUUCUUCUGUGUUUCUUCCAUUUGCGAAUAAUCGCACCAACUGUUGUCACCUUCUCACCAAACUGCUUGGCGAUGGUCUUGUAGCCCAUUCCAGCCUUGUGUAGGUCUACAAUCUUGUCCCUGACAUCCUUGGAGAGCUCUUUGGUCUUGGCCAUGGUGGAGAGUUUGGAAUCUGAUUGAUUGAUUGCUUCUGUGGACAGGUGUAUUUUAUACAGGUAACAAACUGAGAUUAGGAGCACUCCCUUUAAGAGUGUGCUCCUAAUCUCAGCUCGUUACCUGUAUAAAAGACACCUGGGAGCCAGAAAUCUUUCUGAUUGAGAUGGGGUCAAAUACUUAUUUCCCUCAUUAAAAUGCAAAUCAAUUUAUAACAUUUUUGACAUGCGUUUUUCUGGAUUUUUUAUAUAUAUAUAUAUAUAUAUAUAUAUAUAUAUAUAUAUAUAUAUAUAUAUAUAUAUAUAUGUAAUAGUGUAAUAGUGACCAGUAGCAGGAUAAAUAGAUAAAUACUAAUGGUAAUAUACCAAUGGUAAUAUAUAUAUAUAUACACUACCGUUCAAAAGUUUGGGGUUACUUAGAAAUGUCCUUGUUUUCGAAAGAAAAGCAAUUUUUUGGUCCAUUAAAAUAAAUAAUCUGAUCAAUAACAAAUUGAUCAGAAAUACAGUGUAGACAUUGUUAAUGUUGUAAAUCACUAUUGUAGCUGGAAACGGCUGAUUUUUUAUGGAAUAUCUACAUAGACCAUGCCCAUUAUCAGCAACCAUCAGUCCUGUGUUCCAAUGGCACGUUGUGUUUGCUAAUCCAAGUAUAUCAGCAUCCCGGAGUUGCCUCUUCACUGUUGACGUUGAGACUGGUGUUUUGCGGGUACUAUUUAAUGAAGCUGCCAGUUGAGGACCUGUGAGGCGUCUGUUUCUCAAACUAGACACUCUAAUGAAUUUGUCCUCUUGCUCAGUUGUGCACCGUGGCCUCCCACUCCUCUUUCUAAUCUGGUUAGAGCCAGUUUGCACUGUUCUGUGAAUGGAGUAGUACACAGCGUUGUACGAGAUCUUCAGUUUCUUGGCAAUUUCUUGCAUGGAAUAGCCUUCAUUUCUCAGAACAAGAAUAGACUGACGAGUUUCAGAAGAAAGUUAUUUGUUUCUGGCCAUUUUGAUCCUGUAAUCGAACCCACAAUUGCUGAUGCUCCAGAUACUCAACGUCUCAAGAAGGCCAGUUUUAUUGCUUCUUUAAUCAGCACAACAGUUUUCAGCUGUGCUAACAUAAUUGCAAAAGGGUUUUCUAAUGAUCAAUUAGCCUUUUAAAAUGAUAAACUUGGAUUAGCAAACACAACAUGUCAUUGGAACACAGGACUGAUGGUUGCUGAUAAUGGGCCUCUGUAUGCCUAUGUAGAUAUUCCAUUAAAAAUCAGCCGUUUCCAGCUACAAUAGCCAUUUACAACAUUAACAAUGUCUACACUGUAUUUCUGAUCAAUUUGCUGUUAUUUUAAUGGACAAAAAAAUUGCUUUUCUUUCGAAAACAAGGACAUUUCUAAGUGACCCCAAACUUUUGAACGGUAGUAUGUAUAUAUAUAUAUAUAUGUAAUAGUGUAAUAGUGACCAGUAGCAGGAUAAAUAGAUAAAUACUAAUGGUAAAAGCAAUCAAUAAUCAAUGGACAGCACAUAAUGGAGUAAUACAUUGAAUCAAUAAUAAUUUAGCACAGGAGCAUGGAUAACAGUCCAUGUGUCUGAUGGCUGGAGUCUUUGGCAAUUGUUCGUACACAUGACAUUCUCAAGAACAAGGUGCAAAAAGGAAAAUACAGAGAGACAAAUAGAAUAAAGAGAGAAACUCAUUAAUUCACUGAUUACAUAAUGAAUGUUCUGGAUGAUGUUCAAUUAAGACAACAAGUUUUGGAUUAUGUAAUAUUCAUCCUGGAGGAUGUUCAAGUGUCUCAGGAUGCUGAACUAGGAUCUGUUUUGCCUUUUAGAUCAUAAUAAAUUUGGUUAUAUGGACAGGGAGGACCUGAUCCUAGAUCAGCGCUCCUAUUCUGAGACACUUGACACAUAUAACCCUGGUCUUGUAGUGAUUCUGAUCACUCUAGUAAGCACUAUAACCCGACCAAGCAAACCAUUAAUGUGCUUUGAUCUUCAUGAAACCAGGGACAGUUGUUUACGUUGGAAAGGGAGGCUCUUUUGCGUUGCGACAAUGGAAGUAGCCUGUAGGAAAUGUGUAAAUGAGAUGUUCCUCUUUCCCUUUGAUAGAAUAAUCUCUUUGAAGAUAAUAUGAAGUCCCGUGAGGACUCUAUAACUUUGAAAUGGCAGAAUUACCUCUAAAACACUGGCUGGGCCUACAUGUGUAGGCAAAUUCAGUGAUCUUUGGUUAAUAAGCUGUUCUCUCUCUCUGUGAGAACCUCAGUGAUAAUUACAUUUGCAGUUUUUGUCUUCCAACGGGAUGUUUUCUCUCUACUCUUAACGCUGCAUGGAGGAGGCAGGGGAGAGACUGUCAUAGCCGUAGCCAUCAGUUACCAUGGGAACUAGGGUAAUUACUAGCACAUACUGUCUAUAUGACUGUGUAUUGACUGCACCCAGUUGAUAGUAGAACUUGAAAAACAGUAUUGACCAAAGAAAAUUGAUGAACCAUCUGAAUGGCCACUGUGCACUUUCUUUGUUAAAUUUCCGCAGUUUAUUGAACAAUUGAUUUGUACUUAAGUUACUGUCCAUUUCAGGUUAGUUGAAUCUCGAACAACUGGAGUAGAAAGAUAAUAAAUGUUAUAGGGUAGGGUUGUGGAAAUUCUUCCACAGGACACUCAAAGUCAAUAUGAAAUGAAUCACUCUUUAUUGUCAGCAAGCUGGAGAUUUCACAGUCAAACUUAAAUGCAUAAAGUCUGAAGUGAGCUCUAAAAGGACGUUCCUUACAUAGAGCCUUAUAUACGGCUACCUAAACCUACAUAAACAUGAUUCAUUGGAUUGGUUCCUACAUGUGACUGGCUCCGUCUCCUAUCUUAACUUAAAGAACAUAUUCUGGGCCUCCUCCUCAUAUCUUGACCAGACACAGGCAGGAACCAAGGUUUGUUUAUGACACCAAACAUAAGAUGCACAAAAGUUAAAUUUCCUUUACAGUAGCUUCAGUCAAGUUGUUGUUGUAUGACAAGCUUUCCUUGUGUUGUAUGGAGGAGAUACGAACCCAUAAGGGACUGCAGAAAUACAUAAAGAUUUGAAUUCGCUCUGAGAUAGCCUGAGUAACCAGCCAUCAGUACAAGUCCCUCUGCAGAGUGUGUGUGGGUGUGUGGGUGAAAAAAUCUGUCAUAUGAAGUGGAGAUUUUUUCUCUCUCCAACUGUUCCUGUCAUUACUGUUUCCUUUUAUAUGUGUCUAUCUGAAGAUAUCCUGCCCUAGCUACAGCCCAUACACCAUACUGACCCUGGAAUUUACAUAUAGGUUCAUUUUAAUGUUCCAUCACGAACUAUGUGUAACCAGACGUCGAAGUGCACCAUUAUCACCAUAACCCCUAUGAACAUUGGCAGGUCUACCAGGGGUUGUGAGGUAAUUGGUGUCCUGAAGUUACGGCCAUGUUUCCCAGAGUGCUGUAGGAGAGUUAUAAGAGGAGCAAUGGGGUUAUGCUUAAACGCUGACCCCCACUUUAUCAUUUAUGAUUGCUAUCGGACAUGAUUCUAUCGAUCCAUGAAGCCAGCUCUCUGCAGUAGCAUCAUCCCUCUACAAAGUCUAUAGAGCAUGUCGUUGUGUGUGUGUGUGUGUGUGUGUGUGUGUGUGUGUGUGUGUGUGUGUGUGUGUGUGUGUGUGUGUGUGUGUGUGUGUGUGUGUGUGUGUGUGUGUGUGUGUGUGUGUGUGUGUGCGAGUGCGUCCUUUUGUGCAUGGCAAAAGCUGAAGAUGAAUGCCCACAUUUCCGGUGCAAUGCUUUGGCCCAGCAUCAUAUCAUGUUGCUUCCAUGUGUUGGUGUACACAGGCAGCUAUUUAUCCCUUCAGUCUUCUGCGUAAUUCUUGGUCGCUUCCUGCCCCUUGGGAAUAAUUUAUAAAUCCAGUAUGAAGCCUUUUAUCACAAUUUUAAUCCUGAUUUAUCUAUCAAACCUUAUUAAUGCACAUAUAGAGUGAUCCAUUCUUAUCGCAGCCAAAGCUCUGUGUGUUUAGAAGCCAUUACUGUCCAUUACAUCUCUAUAUACGGCUCUGGCCUUCCCUCUCACAGUGUAUUAAGAUCUUUUCUGGGGUAAUCAGCUCCUCCUACUAAAGGCCCUUAGAGUAGAACGGAGACUAUGCAUGCUAUUUUUAAUAUGCUGUUGAGGUUCACCACAGCAGUGAGGAGAGAGGGUGAUUUCCCGCAGUGAAAAAUGGGCUUCCAAGAAGAAGUCUCUUGGGGAAGCCUGUGGAAUUGCUUUGAAAAUGACCGACUGCAUCAAAUUAUUCUUUACUGAGUUUUGAUUCAUAAUUGAUGAUAAUAUAUAACCGAAUUAGCUACAUUGAUUUGUUGUUAUAACUGCAGUUGCAUUUUGAGAGUCACUGUAAUUGUAGGUUAUCGCUGUUUAACUUAGUAUGUUGUUAUUGAUGGUUACUAUGGUUAUUAAGAUGGUUAUUAAUUCUAACACUAUCCAAAGGCGUUUUAGCUAAGAGACUUCAGUUCAGUUAUAAGUGACAUACUGUAGUUCAUUUAGAGAAUGUUUAUGAUAGAAACAAUCAGUCACAAACUGUUAGCUGACUAUUGUCACUGCACUAUAAAUAUCUCCUUUGAUUUACAUCAAUCGGUACGAUAAUAUAUAGCUAAGGAUCUUAUAGAGGUAGUGUUUGUGCGUACAUGAUGGCACGUGGGGACCGCAUGCAAAUGAGCCUUACAUAGCUACUCACAAUGAUGCCAGUUGGUAUUGUAUUGGCUAAUGACCUUGGAGUCUACGCAUAAGUAUAAUCUUUCUACGAAUACAUGAUGUCACAUGGAGACCAUUUGUAAAUGCACUAAAGGUACACAGAUUUACGUCAAGGGGUGUGAUCAUAGAAUUACGGACGUUGCUGGUGGGAUGGGGCCUGUUCAUAAAGAGUGGUUUUGUGUGAAUGCAUGUUCAUGAUAAGCUAGUUGUUUGAUAAUGAGGAGCAUCAGUUGGAGACAGGCAGCAGAUGCAAUGACAAAUGACAAUAGUAGGCUACUGCAUCGGUCAGUAUACAGGGAUCAUUACACACUGUAGGUUGAAUAAAUGACGCCAACAAACAAGAGCAGGUUCAACUCCCUGUGCUGUCAUAUGUCAAACAAUGUCUGUGUCCCAAAUGGCACCCUAUUCCCAAUACAGUGCACUACUUUUGACCAGGGCCCACUAUGUAGGGAAUAGAGUUCCAUUUGGGACGCAGGCAGUGUCAUCAGUAACAUUAGGUGACUAAAUGAAUUACAGAAUUACCAAAAAUGCUUUCUUGGAGAAUGUACUAGCAGUAAAAUCACAGUAAUAUGGACAACCAUGACUGAUGAUUCCUUACAGGGUGCAUUAUGGACUGAAAAUAAAUCAAAGGCUAUACACAAGCAUGCUCGUACACACACACACACACACACACAGCUAAACAGUGCGCCGUAAACUUGCAAAGAGCCUUCCCCUCAGUCCUGCCAGGUUGAUACUUUGAACAGAAUUGAAACUACAGAUUCCACCUUUAAGGAGAUUACCACAAUUGCCACUGUAGAAUGACAGCAUCAGUGUGAUAAACUGUCUGAUUCAGAGUCAGACUUCACAAGGUGAGCUUCUUAUCAGGACUACUCCUUUAUUUGAAAUGCUCUGUGAUUGUCCCCGUGCAAGAUUUAUAAGAAUUCCAAGGCAGCCACGGCUUUGUAUGCAGGACCCGGCUACAGUGGUUAUUUAAAUCAUUCAUGCUCUUUCAUGUAAAGACCUAUCUAAAACGACAUCCCUGACUGGUUCACACUUCUCACCCCUGGAACACUCCCAUAUUGAAAUACCUGAAAUAAUCUCCAGCGACAUCAUUGGACAGUUGGUUGGAGGUGUACAAAGUCAUACAUUGAGUGUACAUUUUGUAUCUCUUUAUCCUAAAAACGGAUCAAAUGGGAGUAUGUGCCCCCUCAGUUUCAAUUGGCAUGACGUCCUGCCUCUGGCUCCACUCCAUAGCAAGCUGCAAGGACUGAGUAGGCUGCACUGCAAUAUUGGACCCAACACUACACAAUGUAAUUGGCUUUAGUCAGAGACCAUGUGGUUGGCGCCACUCAUAACAGUGCUGCUGGCGUAGAGAGAGAAACACAUUGCUGUUGGGUAUUUUGGAGUGUGUGGCGGAGCCACUUGGACAGACUCCUGGUACAGCCCGGCCCUGCCUACAGUAUGGCUGUUGUGUAAUCACCUUUAGGACUGUGGCUGAAUCACACAGCCAUCCCACACUGUUCCUCCUGCUGCCUGGUGGGAAGCCUUCUACUGUGGCGGCCAUUUUGACUGAGGAGGAGUGACGUGGGUGGAGUGGGUCUGAGGGGAAAUUUGGAAAACCUGUUUGGUUGGCAUGGGGAUGGGUCAGAGUAGUAUAGUGUGUGCCACCACGUUGCGACCUUUCCCCUCACCAUUCAGACAGCUUGUGAUUGGAAACUCCUCAUCUCUCCUCCCAAAAUAGGCCUAUCCACAAUCAUCUCAGAACUAUGGGGUGCAGCGUCAAGACACACACACACACACAAACACAUAUGCACUGUAUGUCAAUCAAAAAUAAGGAAGUGAAUAUACUACAGUAGACUAACAUCACCAUAUGUUCAUCUCCUUCCAGGACUAUACAUUAACCAUGUACUUCCAGCAGUACUGGAGGGACAAGAGGCUGGCGUACUUAGGGAUUCCACUGAACCUCACCCUGGAUAACCGGGUAGCAGAUUCACUCUGGGUCCCUGAUACCUACUUCCUGAAUGACAAGAAGUCCUUCGUCCACGGUGUGACGGUCAAGAACCGCAUGAUCCGUCUCCACCCGGAUGGAACCGUGCUCUACGGCCUGAGGUGGGUUCCAAAGCAGUGGAACCAAUGGAUUCUAGAUUAUUGCAUCCAAGACUGAUUCAUUUGAACAGAUAUCACAAUAUUUUAUUUGAUUAUUUUAUAGUAAUAAAUGCAGUAUGGUAUGUGGUAUGUAUGAGCUGCUAGGUUUUGUAUGUGUCUUUUUAAAGAAAUGGGGCAUUCCAUUCCCACUCCUCUCUUUUUAGUCUGUUUAUUGGAUAGCAUAGAAAAAGAGGAAACAUAGAGGAGAGAGUCCUAAAAUAGCAGUGGACCAGAUUUGAAACCAUGCUGCAGUGAUCUUUGUGUGCCGGAGACAGUGGCUUAGACCACUGGACCACCUCUAGGCCACCAGCUGCUAUGUUUUUGGCUAGGAAAUAUAAUCCUUUCCUAUGGGCUCAAUUUAGCUUUUCCCUCGACAUAUUGGUGCAGUUGCGUGUACAUUGUCAUGCUUUGUUGAAAUAUGUAUUUUUCAAACAUAUGGUAAGAUGAGAAUAAAACAUUAUUUUUAAAACAUCAAUUGUUUAGAUGAUGACUCAAGCUCAGCUGUAGCUUUGUUAUGAUUCCCUGUUUUCAAUAUCCAUAACCAUUGGCCUUUGUUUUUUGACAAGUCCUGAAUUAUUAAUCAGGAUAAUGAAUAUGUAUAAUGCAUAGUCUUCUUCCAAAUUGAGCCAUCCAGCAUGGAAAUUCAAUGAUUUUUGCAUUUUAAUCACUCGCAGUGGACUAGUUUUGAAUUAUACACAGUUGUUUUAUAUCAAUUGAAUUCAAUACAAUGCAUUGAUUCUGUUCUUUUAACAUACUGUAAAUCUGUUUCAUGUACCCCAUCUAAAGAACGUAUGUAUGUGGUUGCAUGAGCUUUACCCUGUGUACAGCUCAUAUAGAGUUCUGUUAUUAGCUGUGUAUGUGUGUGUGUGCGUGUGUGCUUACGUGGAUAAGUGUGUGUGUUUGUGUGUGCAUGCGCAAGUGCGUGUACUUCCUGUGUGUGCGUGUGUGUGCACGCUUGCACGUGCACGGAUGGGAUCAUUCCUCUUGUCUAAUAGCUAAUAGCUUCUGACAGACACACUCGUCUGGAUGUAAUGCAAUUCUGAGAUGACAGUAUAGCUAUUUGAUCUGGCAUUCUUAUCCAUAAAGAUAAAUAUGACGUAUUGUUUUAGAUUGUGGAGCUUAAUCUGUUUAAUGGUUACAGCUUUACUAAUGGAGUCCAGGAAUUCAGGAAUUCAAACGUGGUUCGAUUCUGACUUCUUCAAGCCAAGGGCACAUGACCAAAAGGACUAAGCCCCUAGGGUUCAUAUCUAUGCCAUUUAGCAGACGCUUUUAUCCAAAGCGACUUACAGUCAUGCGUGCGUACAUUUUACAUAUGGGUGGCCUUGGGAACGAACCCAUUAUCCUGGCGCUGCAACACCAUGCCCUACCAACUGAGCCAUACAGGACCACAAUCACUUGUUAUUAUCCCAACUCAAUCAAUCACUCACCCUGAAAAAUAAGGUCCAACUGUAAGUGAUAAUGUAUGGAAUGGAAUGCCACAGUAGGAUCUCCAGACAUUGAUCUAUUACUAUGUGGAAUGUUUAUUACAUUUACAUUUUAGUCAUUUAGCAAACGCUCUUAUCCAGAGCGACUUACAGUUAGUGAAUCCAUAUUUAUUUUUUCAUACUGGCCCCCCGUGGGAAGCGAACCCACAACCCUGGCGUUGCAAACGCCAUGCUCUAUCAACUGAGCUACAUCCCUGCCGGCCAUUCCCUCCCCUACCCUGGACGAUGCUGGGCCAAUUGUGCGCCGCCCAUGAGUCUCCCGGUCGCGGCCGGCUGCGACAGAGCCUGGAUUCGAACCAGCAUCUCUAGUGGCACAGCUAGCACUGCGAUGCAGUGCCUUAGACCACUGCGCCACUCAGGAGACUAUAUAUUACAUUACCUGUCCAGUAACCGAGACAUGAGUGUACAGUAAUGAUGAGUUCUGGUUCUGAAGGCUUAUUUGGUCAUAUCUUUAGGUAAUCUGGUCUACCUGGCUGAACCUGAUACCAACUGAAACACUAGGACUAAAGAUCAAUGCACAGAUAUAGUUUCUCCUCAACAAUUAUAGUCUAUACUGGAAUGUAUUCAGUUUCAUCUCUUCUUGUUUACAAGUGGGAACAGAGAGAUGUCCUUUCUCUCUGUGGAGUUGACUGUGGUUAUUCAGGAUAUCAUAAUGUCAUGGUGAAUAACAUUAUACUGUAAUUACAUAUGGUUUCAUGCACAGGUGAGAAGUUAAGGUGGAUCCACAGCAGACAGUAUGUCUGGAGAAUGUGUGUGGGUUCCAGUAAAUAUUGAGUUAAUGUGAUCCUCUUUCCCCCUUGUGUGUGUGUGUUGGCCUCAGGAUCACCACGACGGCAGCCUGUAUGAUGGACCUGAGGAGGUACCCUCUGGACGAGCAGAACUGCACUCUGGAGAUUGAGAGCUGUGAGUGACCUAAAUACCAUCAACCUCUGAAAUGACUAUUUCAGUAUUAGAUUUCAGUAUUUCAAUAUUUCAAUUCAAUUUUGUUUUUCAGUUUAAGACUUCCGUAUAACAUUUUACUAUUUAGUAUAAAUACAAUUUUUGUAUAAGAUAUGCAAAUACAAUCACAACAGAGAUUACUGUGACAUGUUAAAGGUCCAAUGCAGCCGUUUUUAUCUCAAUAUCAAAUCAUUUCUGGGUAACAAUUAAGUACCUUACUGUGAUUAUUUUCAAUUAAAAUGUUAAACAAGAGACAGAAAUUGACUGUCUGGGAGUAGUAGUGGGGAGGGGAAAACGGAAAACUAGCUGUUAUUGGCAGAGAUGUUUAGAACUCUCUUUCUUAUUUGUCUAUUAUACUAAUUUACUGCCAGGCCAAAACUCCAUCCCACCAAAACAGGCUGAAAUUUCAGGCAGUCUUUUUAAAUAGCUCUUGCACUAAAAGGGCAUUAGCAUAAUUUUCAUAAUUUCACAGUAUUAUUCCAACCUCUUAGUGUGGAAAUAUACACCGAGUAUACCAAACAUUAGGAACACCUUCCUAAUAUUGAGACACAUACAGGUGCGCCUGGCACCUACUAGCAUACCCCGUUCAAAGGCACUUACAUUUUUUUGUCUUGCCCAUUCACACUCUGAAUGGCAGAUACAGUGCAUUUGGAAAGUAUUCAGACCCCUUGACUUUUUCCACAUUUUGUUAAGUUACAGCCUUAUUCUUAAAUUGAUUAAAUAGUUCCCCACCCCCCCCCCUCAUCAAUAUGCACACAAUACCCCAUAAUGACAAAGCAAAAACAGGUUUUUAGACAUUUUAGCAAAUUUAUAAAAUAAAAUAAACUUAAAUAUCACACUUACAUACGUAUUCAGACCCUUUACUCAGUACUUUGUAGAAGCACCUUUGGCAGCGAUUACAGCCUCAAGUCUUUUUGGGUAUGAGGCUAAAAGCUUGGCACACCUGUAUUUGGGGAGUUUCUCCCAUUCCUCUUUGCAGAUCCUCUCAAGCUCUGUCAACUCUGUCAGGUUGAAGCCACUCCUGCGUUGUCCUGGCUAUGUGCUUAGGCUCGUUGUCCUGUUGGAAGGUGAACCUUCACCCCGGUCUGAGUUCCUGAGCGCUCUGGAGCAGGUUUUCAUCAAGGAUCUCUCUGUACUUUCCUCCAUUCAUCUUUGCCUCGAUCCUGACUAGUCUCCCAUUCCCUGUUGCUGAAAAACAUCCCCAUAGCAUGAUGCUGCCACCACCAUGCUUCACCGUAGGGAUGGUGCCAGGUUUCCUCCAGACGUGACGCUUGGCAUUCACGCCAAAGAGUUCAAUCUUGGUUUUAUCAGACCAGAGAAUCUUGUUUCUCAUGGUUUGAGAGUCUUUAGGUGCCUUUUGGCAAACUCCAAGCGGGCUGUCAUGUGCCAUUUACUGAGGAGUGCUUCCGUUUGGCCACUCUACCAUAAAGGCCUGAUUGGUGGAGUGCUGCAGAGAUGGUUGUCCUUCUGGAAGGUUCUCCAAUCUCCACAGAGGAACUCUGGAGCUCUGUCAGAGUGACCAUCGGAUUCUUGGUCACCUCCCUGACCAAGGCCCUUCUCCCCCGAUUGCUCAGUUUGGCCAGGCGGCCAGCUCUAGGAAGAGUCUUGGUGGUUCCAAACUUCUUCCAUUUAAGAAUGAUGGAGGCCACUGUGUUCUUGGGGACCUUCAAUGCUGUAGACAUCUUUUGGUACCCUUACCCAGAUCUGUGCCUCGACCUGUCUCGGAGCUCUACGGACAAUUCCUUCGACCUCAUGGCUUGGUUUUUGCUCUGACAUGCACUGUCAACUGUGGGACCUUAUAUAGACAGGUGUGUGUCUUUCCAAAUCAUGUCCAAUCAAUUGAAUUUACCACAGGUGGACUCCAAUAAAGUUGUAGAAACAUCUCAAGGAUGAUCAAUGGAAACAGGAUGCACCCUGAGCUCAAUUUCGAGUCCCAUAGCAAAGGGUCAGAAUACUUAUGUAAAUUAGGUAUUUCUGCUUUUUAUUUUUAAUGCAUUUGCAAACAUUUCUAAAAACCUGUUUUCGCUUUGUCAUUAUGGGGUAUUGUGUGUAGAUUGCUGACGAUUAAAAAAAACUAAAAAAUAAAAAACUUUUUAGAUUAAGGCUGUAACGUAAAAAAUGUGGAAGAAGUAAAGGGGUCUGAAUACUUUCCGAAGGCACUGUAUACAGAAUCCAUGUCUCACUUGUCUCAAGGCUUAAAAAUCAUUCUUUAACCUGUCUCCUCCCCUUCAUCUACACUGAUUGAAGUGGAUUUAACAAAUGACAUAAAUAAGGGAUCAUAUCUUUCACCUGGAUUCACCUGGUCAGUAUAUGUUAUGGAAAGAGCAGGUGUUUUUAAUGUUUGUAUACUUGUAUACUCAGUGUAUAUAAAACACAGGAAAAUCACGUUUUUGAUUGCACUGGGCCUUUUUAGCAGCGCAAUUGAGUGAGUGGAGAUUUAAAGAUCUGUGACUUCGUUUCUUCACAUGGUAUCCCACUCCAGUACGUUAUUUCUAACCCUGUCUUUCUUUCUGUGGUUCAGAUGGAUACACGACAGAUGACAUUGAGUUCUACUGGAAGGGAGGAGACAAUGCGGUGACGGGGGUGACACGCAUUGAGCUGCCACAGUUCUCCAUAGUGGACUACAAGCUGGUGUCCAGAAAUGUUGUCUUUUCCACAGGUAAAGCCCAUUAAAAAAUUACACAUCCUUACCAUCUUAUUUUCCAUCUAGCUUUUUACCCAACCAGUGCUUCACUAUGAAACAAUUCACAGCUACUUCAGUUUUUUAGGGUCUGUAUCCUCCAGUUCAGAUUAAAUGUUAUCGGUAUCCUUGACAUAAUUUGGUGCGUGGGUGCGUGAAAGUUCAUGUAUGCGUGCACAUGCAUGUCAGCAUGUGAGAGUUUGUAUGUAUAUGCACUUGCUUGUAUGUGAGAAUUCCUCACCAUCCAUACCUUAUUUGUGUCCCUGACGGCAGCCAUGAAAGUUUAGUGUCCAGUGUGGCCCCCUCUAUACUCUUUCCCCUUUCCCUGGCUCCUCAGCGUGGCCCCCUGUCUCCCCUCUCCCUGGCUCCUCAGUGUGGCCCCCUGUCUCCCCUCUCCUGGCUCCUCAGUGUGGCCCUCUGUCUCCCCUCUCCUGGCUCCUCAGUGUGGCCCCCUCUCUCCCCUCUCCCUGGCUCCUCUGAGGACCCCUGCAUCAUACUUCAAAGGACUGUCUCCCUCCCCGAGCCUGGCUAAUGACCAACGUUCCUUCAUGUGCUGCUGUUGCUGGCUUCACUCACACAGAUUCACACAGGAGCAGUGAAUGAUGGUAGGAUGGAAAUUACCCAGCUGUUUUCUUCAACUCUUUAAAAGAGAGAAGCCAUGGAGAAGCAGCCUGGGAAACAGGGCAUCAGAAAUUCAUGUGGGGGAAAACAAAAAUAUAUAUAUAAUAAAUAAUAAUUAUUCCCCUCCAAGCUCACAAGGAAACAUUGCCGUAAAGAUUUCAAGUUUCAAGUUUUAAUGUCACAUGCACGAGUACAGUGAAAUGCCUUUCUUGCAAGCUCUAAACCCAACAAUGCAGUAAUAACAAUGUAGUACCAAAAUAACAUAAGGUAGAACAAAUACACGGCAAAUAAAAAUAAGAAAUAAGAAGGACAGCAGAAAGUAAGUCAGCAUACUAUAUACAGGGUCAGUCAGUUCCACUACCAUAUUUACAAUAUGCAGGGAUACUGGAGUGAUAGAGGUAGAUAUGUAUAGGGAUAAGGUAACUAGGCAUCCGGAUUUUAGAUAAUCAGAGUGGCAGCAGCGUAUAUAAUGAUUGUAUGUGAGUGGGUGUGCGUGUGUGUAGAGUCAGGAUAAAUGUAGGUGCAUGUUAUAUGUGUGAGCAAAUUAUGAAUUGAGUGUUUGUGUGUGUGUUGGCGUGUCAGUGUGUGUGAGUGUGUAGGGCCCUGUGAGUGUGCAUAGAGAAAGUGCAAAAAUGUAAAUAAAUUAAAUACAAAGGUCAACUCAGAUUGGUUGUUUCCACAUGCUUUUUUUCCCCUCUCACUUUACUAGUGGAUAAAGGGGAUCGGUGUUGAACUGGUGAACAUGUCAGAAUCGCACCCGAACAUUACGAGAGUUUUCACGGUCAUGGUCGUCAUGGGUGUUGUCAUGGUUACCUUAUCACCAUCAGCACCAUCCUCCUAUUCCUUCCUAUCCUCCUUCUCAUCCCCCUCUUCCUCCUCCUUAUAACAUAUGGUGUACUCUCCCACUCACUGACAUACGUCCAGAGACACAGCUGGUAUGGAUGCUUAGUUCCACACCUACAUCCUCUAUACCCCCAGUCUUCUUUCAACACCUACUUUUGCCUCCCACUGUUUCUCGCAUAAUGUUGCCAUUCUUAAAGGGACAGUUCACUCCCAUGACGAAUGCACCUCAUCUCAUGUAUACAGUACAUGGACAGUAAUCCAUGGAUCCAGAUAGUUUGUGAUCCGAGAGUUUGAUUGGUUUGUUUAGCAUUUGCGUGUGCAAAUCAAUGGGAGUGGUAUGAUCCGUGUUAGCGUGAUUGAAAUCCCAUGCUUAAAUAAAUAGCCAAGAUAAUGUGUGUAAUAUUGGAUGAUAAUUUUUAAGUAAACUUGUCUUAGUAGCAGUGAAAGGACUUCCUUCCAUCCCUUAGAGGUGUACAACUGACACCCUUAAGUUCCACAGUCCUUCUGGUACUCGUUUGUCCUUGGCCCUUAUUUGAUCAAUAAGUCUCAUUGAUUGGCUGAGGAGUCCACACACCUGGACACCCAGAUGUUAAUUAGUCUCUGAUUAACAAGGCAAGGCAUGAAUGAAAACCAGCAGACGCUAUGACCCUUGAGGACCAGAGUCAUGCACCACUGGUUUAAUGCUAUACAGAGAGGAAUGUGCAAUAUACAUUCAACUCAAAUGGACAUUUAUGAUGACAGAUAUGAGAUAAAUCAUGAAGUGUGUUUUUCAUAAGCCAGGUCAGAGAAGAAAUACAUACAUUACCAAACAUUACAUUUUAUAUCAUCACAGUGUGUAUUGAAAUAUUUUAUUAUUUGCCACGCAUUCACCGCCAACGUGUGUCAAAUGGUUGUGAAAUAAGGUUCAAGGAUGCUUGUUUCCAUGGUGAUAAAUCCAACCCAUGCUGCCAUUGCCAUAGAAACAAAAACAAAAAUACGAGGUGUCCCAGUAUGCUCCUCGAAUCAAGAAGUCAUUCAUUCUAUUCAUCCGCUCAAAAUCCUGUUUUCAUAGGUGCCUACCCACGACUGUCUUUGAGCUUCAAGCUAAAGAGGAACAUUGGCUACUUUAUCCUGCAGACCUACAUGCCCUCAAUCCUGAUCACCAUCUUGUCCUGGGUCUCCUUCUGGAUCAAUUACGAUGCCUCGGCUGCAAGAGUGGCAUUAGGUAGGUGUACAAGCACCAUAUGUUACACAUUGUACAAUAUUAACAUGUAUCUG